AUGGUAUAUGGAAGAAAAUAUGGAAAAAACGAAACAGUAAUAAAUGAAGAGGGACUUGAACUGGAUAUUGAAGAUGAAACAUACGAUGAAGAAAACUUGGGGGAGUCGGAUGGAAACAAGUGUGAAAAGUGCAAGAAAAAACCUUUUGAAUUUGAAGUUUCGUGUAAACAUGAAAAAAAACAUUAUAAUGGUUCUCUUUGUGAAAAAUGUUCCACCAAUCAAGCAACUAUUCAAUUUAAUAAUGGUGAAGUAAACAAAAAGGCUUAUAAUGCUUUUAAUGACCAUUGUCAGAAAGAACAUCAAAAAACUUCAUCAUCCUCAGAAAGUAUUAAAAUACUUAAAAAAUAUGAAGCGAUCCAAGAAGUUAAUAAAGAUGGUUGGGAUAAGUUGGGGAAUUUUCGAGGUUUUUCUUGUCUAAUAAGUGAGGUGGAAAAUCACAUUAAAAGUCUAGGGGGCAAAAUAUUAGCGGAAAGAGGGGAAAAAGAAAAAGAGGAAGUGUUUAAAAUAUCUUGUUGCAAAUGUUCCCAAAAUGUGACUGAUAAAAAACACAUUACUAGAUUUGAAGUUGAUAAACAAGAUACUUUAACUUAUUGUGAAACGUGCUUUGCCAAAUUUAGGAGUGAUGAAUCUGCAAUCAUUAAAUGUUCUGAAUGUUCAGAUUUCGGUCAAUUAAAACCAGUUCAACGAGAAGGGAGAAUAAAAACUUCGAAUAAGUUUUUACCAGCCAAAGAAAAAGUGGAACAAGAAUUAUCUAAUCAUGAAAUCAUUUGUAAAGUUUGUUUAGAUAAAAGUAUUAAAGAUUAUGAAAAAACCAAAAAACUAGCCCUCAAAGAUUUAUCUUUUCACGAAAAGAAAGAAUGUGGAAAUAAUUCAAUAACCCCUACAAUUCCAAUUUGUUUCUCGCCUAAUAAAGGUGGUAACAAACAUGUUCCUUCGAAUUAUGUAGAUAGCAUUAAUGAAAAUGAUUUAGUAAUGGAGGAAGAUAAUGAAACGGAAGUGAUUUAUCAAGAACAAAAUUUAAAUAAAGAUAAAGAAAUCAAAACUUGA